AUGGCUGAUGACGCACCGCGGUCAAUGUCAAUUGUUCCAUACUCUUCGAAUCGCGACAUCGUACUCCGUCACAACGAUUCUGUUGUUGUGCUCGACCGCGACUCUCAACAGCUCGUGCUCCGCAACGCGAGCUCCAGCAAUGGCGACCACGACCUCGACUUGUCGGAAUGUCCUUAUUGCCACCGUCCCAUGCGUGGUCGCGAAAAUGAACCAGAAGUGCAUGGUCCUGCCCAGGCGGAUUUCGUGAACCCAGAGUAUUUCCGUCUUCUGCACGACAGCGUUUCGAGUUCUGCGGCAUCGACUCCGCCACCUCCCCUAUCGCCGCGUCGACGUUUCGCUCAACCAACUUUGACGGAUGGCUCAAUUGGAGCUUCUUCGCCUUAUGUGGAGCCAUCUUCAUCAUCUCAUGGGAUCUCCUCUACUGCCUUUAGCCAGGGUUAUUUCAAAAAGUUCUUUGUCGAGGAAGGCGAACUGGGCCGAGGAGGAAAAGGCGUCGUGCUUCUAGUCAAACAUCUUCUUGACGGCGUCUCGCUGGGCCACUUUGCUUGCAAACGCGUGCCUGUUGGUGACGACCAUGAAUGGCUGGAGAAGGUCUUGAUAGAAGUACAGCUUCUGCAACACCUGUCACAUCAAAACCUCGUGUCGUACCGACAUGUCUGGCUGGAAGAUUUCAAAAUCAGCCCGUUCAGUCCAAGCGUGCCUUGCGCAUUCAUUCUACAACAGUACUGCAAUUCCGGCGAUCUUCACAAAUAUGUUGUAGGAUCCGUCCCGGCUUCCGCGACUCCGCAAGAAUUGUUGAAGGAACGCCUUCGGAGGAGAUCCAAAGGGCAGCCUGAGAUACCGGCGGAUUUGGCAGGUCCUCGCAGGCUCCAUCUUGAAGAGAUUUAUUCUUUUUUCAAGGAUAUUACGUCUGGAAUCCGCUUCCUUCAUGCCAAUGGCUUCAUUCAUCGCGACCUUAAACCCAGUAACUGUCUGCUGCAUGAUUCUGGGCAGGAAUUGAGGGUUCUUGUCAGUGACUUUGGUGAGGUGCAAUACGAGAAUUCCGUGCGCAAAUCAACAGGUACUACGGGUACAAUCUCAUACUGUGCUCCGGAAGUCUUGCAGAGAGAAUACCCCGAUGGUCCGUUCGGCAACUUCACGUUCAAAUCCGACGUGUUCUCCCUGGGGAUGAUUCUCCACUUUCUUUGCUUCGCCCAGCUUCCCUAUCACAGUGCAGACCUGAUUGAAGAGAAAGAAGACAUUGACGAGCUCCGAGCUGAGAUUAGCGAAUGGAAGGGGUUCGACGAAUCACUGAAAAAACUGCGUCCCGAUCUACCAGAGAAACUAUACACCAUUUUGGAGCAGCUUUUAUCCCUGAACCCCAGCCACAGACCUACUGCGGACGAGGUUCUAGCCAGUAUUCAGGCCGGCGUAACUACUGGCAACGAAAGCCGCCGAUUUGGUCGAGCAAACUCCAAUAGCUCUGAAUUUCCGUCCAGCCAUAGAAUACAGCCCGUUGAGUCACCAAUCCAUGCUAACCCUCGGUCAUCUCGCUCUCCAACUAAGAAUAUGCCACGAAAAGCCGGUCCUCUGGCUGUUCGAUCACCGGCCAGAUACGAAACCAGGAGCGUUACUGCAAAUGCGAAUAUGAAUGCGAGUAGCAGUAGCAGUAGUGGCAUGUCAUUUGACACAAACUCGGAAAGCAAUCAACCGCGCAGUCGAGAACAAGAUUUGAUUCUCCGUCCUCGAUUCCGAAGCCCGCCAUCCUCAUCACCGCAGCGUGCAGAUGUCGAUUCAAGUGACACGCAUCGACGACAUACGCACCCCAUCGUACACAAUCCUCUGUCAUCUACGAGCCUGUCUUCCCCUCCUCCGUUAUCACCGCCACGACUACUACCUCUUCCUCCUCCGCCAGCACCGCCAGCGAGUUUUCUAAACAGUAACGCAUACCUAUUCUUUGUCCCCAUAGUAACCCUCGGAAUCCAAAUCCCAGUCCCCAACGCACGCCUCGUGCUGUUCGUCGUCAAGCAGAUCUUGAUCUCGCAGGCCUGCAUGCCCCUCGCCGUCAACCCCUGGGUAUACUAUCCAUUAUUCACUCUUGCAGUCUUGUCCUUGCCCCUUCAGGGCUUCGGAAUACAGCUACUUUCGCUUGCAAUUCAUCUUAUAUUCAUGGCGCUAGGUCUCCGGACGGAUAGUAUUUGUGUUUGGGGCACAUCAUCUAGAACGCUAUUCAGAUGA